GUGGAUUUGCAUGAUACCAGUUGUGUGGGCCGAUAUAGAGUUUUUUGCCAGGGUUGGUAAUUAAAAAUAAUUAUUGACACAGUUGAGUGGUAUCAGCAGGUAUCAGCGCAGAAGGGAAGCUAUCGGUGGAGGAUAGAAGGCGAAUGGUGAAAGGAACCUCCCCUGGUACGACGCUAGAUUGUCCAAGAAUAACCGAUCCCCGCCCGAUUCGCAAUCUUGGUGCUGCCACUGGGCAGGGCCUCACUAUAAAAGCUGACUUCGCUAACCCUAAGUCAGGUAGUUCUACCCGUCUUUUCACAAGAUAAACUAACUAAUCCAAUAUGAAACUGUUGAUUGUUUUGUUCGCCGUCGUGGCCGCCGUUGCUGCUUACCCAGGCUGGGAGGAUCCCUGGCAAUCAUCUGGAUGGAACGCACAUCCAGUUGUAGUAAAGUCUGGACAUUCAGGCUAUCACCAGCCAUCUUAUGAUUAUCAUCAACCAUAUUAUGGUUACCACCAACCGUCUUAUGGUUAUCAGCAUGGUUAUCACCAGCACCACCACGCUCACCAUGUCGACGCUAUCCACGUUCCCCAACCACACCCAAUCCCACCUCUUCACCCUGAGCCACUCAAGUUGAAGGUUCAUCCCCAUGUCACCAAAAUCCACUACGACCACCCCAAGGUCCACCAUCCCCAUCUCAUCGGCCACGAAGUCGCCCACCACGAACCAGAAGUCAAAUACGUCAAACACGAAGUCCACGACCACGGACACGGAUGGGCUUAAUUUAUCAACAACCAUGACAUUAUCCAGUGAUCACCAACUGGUUCAGCGUUUAGUCCAUACACAGUAUAUUCACCCAUCGUCAUCAACUUUUCAAAUCUCAUCGUCACAGUGAAACCAAAGCCGUACUAACUAGCCUUCAGUCUUACAGUCGUUGGCUAGUCAACAUUUUGGCAGCAACUGAUUCAUUAGACUUAUCAAUAAAAUAGCGGCGUCAAUAUUUAUUAUUACCAUUGGAUUUAUAUUUAAAAGUAACUUUUAGCUCUCAGCUAUCAGUUAGUUUUAUGUUAAAAAUAAAAUAUAUCUGUGAUAUGGACUACUCAAAGAACCAGUACCAAGGCAACUUAACAUAUAAAAUAAAAAGUCCCCCUGCAUCUUAUUUAAAAUUCAUUAAAUUGUGCGGCAUGUGAUAUCGAAAUGGAUAUAACGUCACCGUUAUUUUAUUAUACAUUAUAUAUCCUGUCAAUACUUCUGUAAACUCCAACAUUUUUCAUUCAGGACUUUGAAUCUAUUUAUUUUAA